AUGUUUCGACUCAUCAUUCUCUUCAACGCCUUACUAAUUCUACACUGUCGCGGAGAGUACAGCGAUACUGUGCGUCUAGUGAAUGAUCUGGGUCAAAAUUUGGGUGUCAGCACGAACGUCAUCUUCGCCUUCGGUGCAGCAGAGCAUUUUGCCACCAUUGCAAAAGAUUUAACCUUGCCGAAAAUUAUAAUUACAACAAAUAUAACUUACGAAAUAAAACAUAAUUUCGAUAGAAAAAUAUUGAAUGUGGUUUUCUUGGCAGACACGCCAAUUUUGUUGGACCAAAGCUGGCACAAUGUAGUCUUCAGCGCUCUUAAGCGUUUACAUCACACCGAAGUGCUCUUUCACUGGCCACACGAAUUCCCGCCAAUGACAGAUGUAUGGUUGGAACUCUUCACGCUUUAUUGGCAGCAUGGCUUCCACAAUGUACUGGUAGUGGAUGUCCGAGCUCAACUACUCAGUCUGGAACCAUUUCCAGAACUGCGCGUGGUUAACACUACUUUAAAAGCAUAUCUGCAUCAACGUAACAACAUGUGGCAUGAUUUGAAAUGUCACCACCUACGCAUCUCUUAUAUAGAUGAUCCACCAACUACGCUCAUAUUUCGACACCCGGAAACCAGAGAGUGGCAGUUCGACGGCUUUACGGCACAGAUAUUUGCCGCAUUUGCGCAACGUCACAAUCUUACGAUCGAGCCUUGGAUCGCACAAAGCUCCAACGACGCUAAUAAAGAUCAUAUUUGCUUGGAACGACUACGCAAGCGCCUUGUGGAUGCUUGUAGUGAUGGGACGUCGUUCAAAGUAGAAACCGUAACGAGCGCGCCUAUGGCAUUACAUAACUUUUAUUUAGUAGUACGUUCCGCGCCACCACUCUCCAAGCUUUACUACUUUCAAGUGCCCUUUCAACCGGCAGCUUGGCAAGCCAUCGGUGCCAGCAUCUGUUUGGUAAUAGUUGUCACAACGCUCUUGACACGACUGCAGGACGGCGGCUGGCACUUCGGUCGGCUGGGCUUGGAUGUCUGGGCUAGCUUUCUAUAUUUAGGAUUUGAUCUGCGUCCAAUGCAAAGCCGAUCGAUGCGAACGUUGAUGUUUUUAACGCUCUUCAUUGGCGGCUUCAUGCUCUGCAAUUUCUAUCUUGGCUAUCUCUCGAGCAUACUCGGCAAGAGUGUUUAUGAGCCACAAAUAAGAACGCUACAAGAUUUUGAACGCAGCAACAUAAUGUUAAAUGAAAUUCAGUAUAUGACUUUAAAAAGGUAUGGUGCAGCUGCGAUUGUCAUCGAUCGUUCGCGCAUUGCCCGCUGGGAAGAACUUCUAAAGAAUCGCAACACUUUCGACACCCGCUACGCUUAUCUGUACCCAGAUACAACAUAUAAGUUACUUGCAUACCAACAAAAAUUUUUAGAAUAUCCAAUCAUGCAGAAAUUGGACGAACCGAUACUCAAAGUACUGUUAGCACAUGCCUUCAAGGACGAUUGGCCACUUGAGGAGCUCUUCAACAAACAUUCUCUAGAUAUGUUCGACACCGGACUGUAUCUACGGUACCUUAUGGAAGGGAACUAUAAAUCCAUACGUUUGGGUCAUGUGAAUUAUGCGGCAACAGAGGGUCCAAGAGUCGCGCCUUUGGGGCUGGAAUAUAUUGCUAUGCCAGCGUUAAUUUUAGGCUUUGGCUUUGGUUUGGGCUUUAUUACGCUGCUGCUGGAAUUACUGUUUUAUAAGAUGAAGCAGAUUCGGGUAAAUAAAGCUAAAAAAGCACCAACACAUACUGCUUAA